AUGAUGCUUUUGGUGUUUUCGCUGAUCCUUCUUUCUUUGGCUUCACUCGCUGACUCUCAAACACAUCAAGGCCGAAUAUUUGGCGGCGAAAUUGUGUCCAUUGAAAGUAUUCCUUAUCAAGUGUCCGUUAGAUACAAAGGAAAACACAAUUGCGGAGGCAGCAUAAUAAGUGUGAAGCACGUUGUGACAGCACUUCACUGCUGGUGCGUGCGUGCGUGCGUGCUGAUGCGAAUCAAAGUGAAUCUAAUGUACUUUGCAUUUUUCAGUCUUGGCUUCAACAUAGAGCAUUUUCUCAUACAUUUCGGCAUGAACACUCGAGUAGAAUCCGGAACGGAUUCAUCUCCUGUCGACGAAAUAUUUGUUCCUCCUCGGGAAAGUGACGUCAGGACACCUGAUAUUGGGAUUUUGCAGCUGACAAAAACCCUCCAAUUCAGUUCAGUGAUUCAAUCAAUCAAACUGCCCGAAGCUGAUCUAGAGAUUCAGGAUGGAACAAUUCUGCAAGUGUCAGGCUUUGGAUUGACCUCAUUUGUGGACGAUGAUGAUAAUUUGCGCGUUGCAAACAUUCCUAAAGUCAACGACGAUCGAUGCAGAAGCGUGCAUUUGCAGAAGAUUGGGAAAAACAUAACAACAGCGGAAAUUUGUGCUGGAAACUUCGAAGUAGAGACAAAUAAUGCAUGCAUGGGUGAUUCCGGAGGUCCUUUGGUCAUGGACAAUCUGCUCGUGGGCGUAGUUUCGAGAGGAUCAAGCGCUUGUGGCGAGGCAGGACUUCCCGCAGUCUACGUUCGAGUUACUGCCGUGCGCGAUUGGAUAAGAGACACAGUUGGCUUCUGA